AUGUGGUUUGCUAUCCCGUCGACCAUGGCCACCACAACUGGAAUGGCUUAUUUAGCCCUCAGCUCCCAAAAUGGAACACACAUGCUCAACAUGGGAGAAAUCGAUGAAGGUUUGGUCACUCCGCUAAUAGCAGAAAAAAUUCUUGGAGGAACCGGUGGCAUCAUGAUCCUGACAAUGGGUGCAAUGGCAUUAAUGUCAACCGGUUCUGGAGAAGUUAUGGCGGUCUCAUCAAUCAUAGUUUAUGACAUCUACCAGACAUACGUAAAACCUUUCAGAUGCAAUCUUAAGCGGAACCAGUGUGUGUUAUGUGGAAAGAUCAAAAAGAAAAUACGGACCAACGGCGACCUGGCCGAUCAAAAUGGUGACGUCGCUGAACAAAACGGAAGUGGCGUUGGUGGCGAUACCAGUGCAGGUUGCGGCAGCGGAAGUAGCAACGGCCCUGUUGAUCACAUGACUUGUUCUUGUCCAUUGGUGAGCAACUGUUCCCGUUGCACUGACGACUUGGAGGCCCGACAGACUCAUAAUAAACACUCUCCGACGCGCUUCCAUUACAAGUGCCCUAUUCACGGCCAAUUCCGCGAAUAUCAGGACGACUUGAUUGAGUUUAAGAAUUGGUGUAUAGUGUUGGUGACCCUCGGCAUUAUUCCACUUGGACUAACUGUUUUUAAAUCAGGAAUUGACCUAAACUGGAUAUUCUAUGUUGGUUCCAUCGUCACUAUCCCUUGUUUCCCACCUGUUCUACUUUCUAUUCUUUGGGUAAAAGCCACUGGAAAAGGACUCAUUAUUGGAAGCAUCCUUGGUCUUUUAAGUGGCAUCAUCGUUACCUUGGGUGUGGCAUCUACUUACCCAGGAGGUCUAAACAAUUUCUUGCUCAACACCGUGCAGGACAAUGUCUUACUAGCCGGAACGACCACAAGCUUCGCGGUCAGUCUGAUCGUUUGUAUUGUGGCUUCUCUUUUAACUCACGACAUCUGUUCCCCUGAUAAAGCCGAACAAGAGUGGCAGAAGAUGUUCGACAUUGAUAACCCGCUAAAACCAUGGGAGGAAAACUUCCGUGAGGACCUUGCCGGCAUGGACUAUGACCAGCGUCCAUCGUCAAGCCAAAUGGAUGCAGCGUUCAGGUCGGCCAAGCUAACCGCUUUCAUAGGUGGAGGAAUCUGCAUAACGAUUUUUGCUUUUGUAAUCCCAGGAAUUAUGGCCAGCUUUUCAGUGAUGAAUAAAACUCAAUUCAAAGUAUGGGUGGGUUUCACCCAAUUGUGGGCUAUCGUCAUGGCGUUUGUAGUCAUUUUCUUACCUCCGUUUGAGGAGAUCUCUCGCAUCCGACGUCAGUAUCAACUGAACAAAAGAUUGUCCCAAAAGGAAGAGAAAAUGGAGGUGAAAGACAAUUAUUAUCCAAUGGCGGAACAGUCGGUUGCCAAAGUCUAA